AUGAAACGAAUGUUUACAGUGUCUCUGGAUUCCCUCAGUUUGACAGAGCAGGAAAAUCCACAUGAUGUCUCCCUGGAUGAGGAAUUUGACACAGACCUUUACUUGCCUGAAAACACUUGUGUUUUUCUAUCAGAGGUGAAGCACAUGAAGAAGGACAUGUCCACUGCUGAAUUAUACCUGCAGGCCUGUAAACUGUGUGGUGUCGUUCCUGUCAGAUAUUUCAUCAGGAAUCUGGGCUGUGAAACCAUGAACCUCAAUCAUCACGGACUCGGUCCUUUGGGAGGAAAAGCUCUGGCAAUCGCCCUGGUGACAGACAUGCACACCGCAACACUGGAGCUGGCAGAUAACUGUUUGUUGGCUGAAGGGGCCAAAUAUCUCAUGCAGAUGCUGAAGGCCAAUUUCACCAUUCAGAAUCUUGAUCUGUCCAAUAAUAAUCUUCAGUCUGCCGGUGCUGAAAGUGUUGCUAAAAUGCUGCUGGAAAACAUUUCCAUUAAAUCUUUAAAACUUUCAGGGAAUAAAUUCACAGAAGAUGAUGCCAAGUGGUUUGCAGAUGUUUUAGCGAGUAACUACAGAGUGAAGGAGUUGGAUUUGAGUCACAAUCAGUUCUGUGGGAGAGGUGGAGAACAUCUGGGUCAAAUGAUCGCAAACAAUGAUGGUUUGGAAGUUCUUGAUCUGAGUUGGAAUCAUUUACGGAUGAAAGGAGCCGUAGCAUUCUGUGCUGGACUGAAGGUGAACACGACUCUGAAACACUUGGAUCUGUCAUGGAACGGCUUUGGAAAUGAGGGGGCGUUAGCUUUGGGUGAAGCGCUCAAGUUCAACAACACCCUGGUCUACAUGUACCUCAACAACAACCGCAUCACAGAUGAGGGUGUGAGCAUGUUCUGUAAGGGACUGGAGUUUAAUGAUACACUCAGAGUACUGCAGCUGGCAUAUAACUCGCUGACAGUGGAGGGAGCUUUUACUUUGAUUAAUGUUGUCAAGAACACACCUAAAACUGCCAUUGAAGAGAUCAACAUUUGUAAUGUGCUGGUGAAUGAGAACUUCGUCCAGCUCUUAGAGUUGAUCUGUCAGGAACAUCCCAGUCUGGAGGUGCAGUAUGGAGGCGUCGGUGGAUUUAUCGCCAAAAAACCUCACAAACGCAUCGACCCCAUGAAAGUCAUUCAGGAUUACCUUGACCAGCGGAAGCUUCGCCUGUGGGACUUCUUCCGUAACAUUGAUAAGGACGGGACCAUGCGCGUUCCUGUCGUAGACUUCAGAAAAGCAGUUCAGCAAUCCAGCAUCCCAUUGGAGAGAUUCCAGAUAGAGGAGCUGAUUCAGAGAUUGGACAGAGACAGAACAGGCAUAGUGGACUACAGAGGUCUGGCAGACACGAGGAAACAGAUGAUGCGAGACCACCGGCGUCAGCUGCGGAAAGUGGAAUCUCGCCAGAAGAAGGAGAAGCAGAAAAGCGAGAGGAUCCUAAAAACCUUCGAGAGCGCCGUGGAGGCUGUGACCCCACGCAGCUCCAUGAUCAUAUCACCCGGUGGGGCCAAAGAGGACUCAAGAGGCCCACAGCACUUUUCUGCCACCCCACUCAGCUCCUGGCACCACAUCGUCAUGUCCACGAGCAGCCGCUACUCUGUCCAGAACAUGAGUAGUGAGCACGUCCACCUUCCCAUGAUAGCAGGUGCGAUGUCGUACAAACCCCCGAGCUCAUCGGGCAUGCGCUCAUACUCGCAGCCAAACCUGUUCGAGAGCGCCACUAAACCGUCCAUCAGUAAACCGGCGUCUGCCCAGGGAAUGCACUGCACCUCCAACCCCAGUGUGACCAGCAGUAAACUCAGUCCUACUGCUAACUUAACCAGAUCCAGACCCGCAUUAAACAUUGAACCAACUAGUAAAGCCAGUGUGAUGGUGAAGAAAAAGAAGACAAAGAAAAGGAAAGAUGUAACAUCAAAAGGACAGAAUCAAAAUACCACAUAA